AUGGAGACUGAGGGAGUACAGGUGAUAAUGGUGACCUUAGCCUUGCAAGGUCACAUGAAUCCCAUGCUCAAGCUCGCCAAAGUGCUCGUGUCAAAGGGCGUUGAUGUCACCCUUGCCACCAAUGAUGUCGCCCGUAAGCACAUGCUAGACUCCAAAAUCUCCACCAAGUUCACCUCAAAUAGCCCUGGUCGACUCAAUCUAGAGUUCUUCCCUGAUGGUCUCAGCCAUGACUUCGAUCGUGACAAGGAUACUGGCACUUUCAUUGCUUCACUGAAGGCAAACGGACCCAGGAAUCUGUCAAAUAUCAUUGCGGAUCUCAAAGCUAAGGGAAUUGAAUUCUCAUGCCUUAUCACCAGCCCCUUUAUCCCAUGGGUACCAGGUGUUGCUGCUGAACAUGGGAUUCCUUGUUGCGUACUUUGGAUCCAAUCUUCAACUGUUUUCUCCAUUUAUUAUCAUUUUAUUAAGCGUCCAGGCUUGUUUAGCAACUUGGAAAACCCCAAUGGGAAUGUAGAGCUACCUGGAAUACCAAUGAUUAAGGUGGAAGAUCUUCCAACUUUUAUGCUUCCUUUUAGUCCUGCUCACUUUCGGCUAUGGGUUGCAGAAUUCGUUUCAGUUUUGGAUAAGAUACAAUGGGUUUUAGGAAACUCUGUUCAUGAGCUUGAAGAGGAGAUUGUGAACUCAUUGGCGUCAGUUAAACCGAUUUAUCCCAUUGGUCCAUUGGUGUCACCUUUUCUUCUAGGAAAGGAAGAAACAGUUGAAGGAAGUGUUGAUAUGUGGAGUGCCGCAGAUUCUUGUAUUGAGUGGCUUAACAAGCAGCCGACUUCCUCAGUCAUUUAUAUUUCUUUUGGCAGCAUCAUUGUGACAUCAGAGCAGCAAAUUCAAAGCAUUGCCACAGCAUUGAAGAAUAUCAACAGACCAUUUCUUUGGGUUGUUAAAGCAUCAGAGGCGAGAAAAGACGAAUUCCCAGACGGAUUCUUUGAAGAGACCAAGGAGAAAGGUCUUGUUGUUUCAUGGUGCCCUCAAGAGAAAGUGUUAAUGAACCAAGCAGUGGCUUGUUUUGUGACACAUUGUGGCUGGAACUCGGCCCUAGAAACUGUGGUGGCUGGCGUGCCUGUUGUUGCCUAUCCAGAGUGGACGGAUCAACCAACGAAUGCCAAGCUCUUGGUUGAUGUUUUCAAGAUUGGGGUGAGGAUGAGAAAUUGUGAAGAUGAGACACUAAGCGUAGAAGAAGUUGAAAGGUGCAUUAUGGAGGUCAUUGAUGGACCAAGAGCGGAGGAGAUGAAGAAAAGGGCAUUGGAGUUGAAAGAGGCUGCAAAGAAAGCAUUGGAAGAUGCUGGCUCUUCGAAUCAGAACAUUGAUAAAUUUAUCAGCGAAAUCGCUGGCAAGCCCGUGGGCAAUAAUGUUUAA